GGUAUCAUCUCCCUGCGAACAAUGUGGGUGUUGUGACCUGUACCAACAAAACUUGGAGCAUGUGCUAACUCUAGCUCCGUAGAUGGAAUGGGUCGAGGGGCUCAUGGCGAAGCUGUCCAAGUCCCAUGACGCAGCAACCACAGUACACGUAAAACUAAAGGAGGAACUAGGCACGUUCCGGCAAAAGGAGAAGACUGCUCAAACACCAAGGCCCUCAUCGAUGAAGCCACACUGUAGAGAGAUCAUUGACGAUACAGCACUUAAAGGACCUUAUAUCGGUGCACUGUCAACAUCUUCUACGAACUCGUCAAUACACGCUAUCAUCCCCUACCUCCAUUUCGAACAUUAUACCCACCAUCAACGCAUCCGAUCGCUUAUGGCGGACCUACACGUAUUUGGGGUCCCCGAGAGGGGUACCCAACCCAAUACGGCCUCCCCUACACUUCCUACGGUACAUCCGUAUGAACAUUUGAUCAGGGGUUACUAUGCGGAGGCCACAGGAAAGAUCGGCGGCUGGGACCCCCGAUGUUCGCUGGACGGAUACUACUACAACCAUCUGCCAAGUACGACCCUGGCUCGGCGGGAUGGUGACCAGGUGGUUCUUCGAUACACGAAGAAAUGGAGUCUGCCUAUGAUGAUCUUCAUGGUCGACCAUCUGUGGAUGUGGAUAAUUGGGAACCACACCAUCAUCACAUGCUCGGCGCUGAACUGGGAGUCAUGGCUCGAGACCCAAGAAAACGAGGCGGGGGAAACACGCAGCACCUACGAGCUAACCCGAGAGGACCCAAUGAAUGUCCAUCAGAACAUCCUCCGACACCUGAAAAGACCCUCCCGUCAACCAGUCACAUCGGUGCACGAUCUAGCCUGUCUCAUCACCGACUUCUAUACCGGCCUCUUCCACCAGCAAGACGUUCCAGAUGAGUUCCAGUUCUUCGACUUCUUCGAGCGCGAGGUUGCACGCUUGAACGACUUUGCCACAUAUGCGUUGGAGGACUUCAGACACAGCUUCAAUAUGCUCGAGAGCCGUAUGACAAAGUCGAUUGACAUCAGGCAAGAUCUUGCAGCCCUCAUCGAAGCGCAAGACGUCCUCGACGAACUCGGGAUCCUGCGUAGUGUCCUGACAGACCAGAACAAUACGACCAUGGAGCUGCAGAAGAUGCUGGCUAGCAAAGGCCGGACGGGGUGGGAUUGCAUCUGGGCGACUCAGUCGCACCUUCAGAGAGUCGACAGGAUGCAGAAGAUGGCCGUCAGCGCCAAAGAAUCGAUGUACCACCUCCUGGAUCUGAAGCAGAAGCACGCCAAUUUUGCCGAGGCCAAGAAUUCGCGAACCCAGGCCGAGCAGACAACCACGCAGACGAGGCUAGCGGCCGAGAACUCCAGGGUGACGGCCAACCAGCUCAAGAUGAUGACCAAACAGGCCGAGGAGACGGGCCGGCAGGGCAAGACGCUGAUGGUGUUUACCGUGGUGACAAUUACUUUUCUGCCAUCCUCAUUCAUGGCUGCCGUGUUCGCGAUCAACCUCGACUCGUUGCCCCUCGACAGUAACGACAGACUGCCACUUGGCUAUUUCUUGAAAUAUCUAUUCGCCACGAGCUGCGCUAUCACCAUCCCCCUUAUUCUCAUCGCCUUCAACCUCCCAGGCAUCAUAUCCUGGUGGGGCCGGCUAAGACACCGGCUGAAGUAUGCCGUGCGGCGAGAUCCCAGCAUCUUCUGGCUGGGUGUUGUAGGCCCCUUUGUGGCGCUUGCAGUGGAGGGGGCCGUGGUGGCCGCCAUCUUCACGGCCCCGCUGGGAAGCGCUGUUAAGGCGGCUGUCACGGCAUGCAUAUCGGUUAUUGUAGCUGUGGCACUUAUCUGCAUGUGGGUCUAUGCCUGGACCUCGACUUUGAAUCAAGGGAAGCCACUUGGGUACACCGAUUCGGAUGCUUCGAGCUCUGCUUCGAGCAACUCUGUGUACCGCUAUGGUUGGCAAUAAAAUAAUGGCUAGACUGGGACGAAAAGAAGGAAGCGGAAGAUGACGGGGAAGAAAUACAGGAAUGAUGAAAAUGAUACGAUGAUGAUGAUGACAAUGAAACGCAGGGCUGAUCAGCUCGAGCCCCCCG